ACCAAGCUCUACAUUUCCUUGCACUUCGAAUUUUGCGACAACUCCUUUUGAUGUUUUCUGUACUACCCGCUCGGCGGCCACUUGUCGCAAACAUGGCGUUAUUCAGAUCCGUUAAAAAGGGAAGCGUGGUUGGCGUUUAAACUGCACGCGAUGUUGCUUCACGUGAAAAGGAAAACAGAGCUGUAACUGACGUUCCAUCGCGAAGAGCGUCUAUUCUGGCAAGUGGAACUUAUAUUUGGUGGUAAGGCGUGAACCAUCGACAAUGACGCUCCUAACGCAAACAAUGAACAGCAUGGGCGCGAAUCCGGCGCAGAGCUCUCAAAUUUUUGUGCAUCAACACGCCCGAGAAUCUAUCGAAGCUGCAACCAAGAUGGUAGAAGGAGCACUACAGUGCGACAGCUCCUACCCACAGCUUAUAGAUCUUUUCACAAGCAUAGGGAAUCCACCGACAGAGAGUGGUCUUCACAAUCAAGACUACCCGGCUUACUUGGGAUCACCAUCUCACGUUGGUGCUGUCAAGCGAAUACCACUGCCCGCAGAACUGACCGAACAGUUCGCCCACAUGCAAAGCAACUGUCAAAUGGGUCUCUUUCCCGAAAUUGGUAGAGCCUGGUUGACGGUGGACAGCGACUUAUUUGUCUGGUUGUACGAGACAGGUGAAGACCUCGCGUACUUCGACGGUGUUACGGAGACUGUCUUGAGCGUUGCACUAGUUCGGCCAAAGCAAGGGAUUUUUCAGUCCCACAUACAGUACUUGCUGUGUUUGGCGACAGCCGUGGAAAUAGUGCUGCUGGGAGUGAGCUUCAGCAAGAGUGGUGCAGUCGAAGAAAUGCACCUGCUACCAGAACCGCUGUUUUCGAUUUCAUCGGAUAGUGCACACAUGAUGACAAUGAAAGGUGAUUCCACCGGCAGGAUUUUCAUGGGUGCUCGCGAUGGCUGCCUGUAUGAGCUCAUGUACAGAGCAGACGACGGGUGGUUUGGACGCCGGUGCCACAAAGUGAACCAUUCGAGCAGUGCAUUUUCAGUCUUGAUUCCAACUUUUCUGAGCUAUCCGUUCAAGGAAGAAGACCCCCUGGUGCAGAUCGAGAUAGAUGACUCGAGACACGUUCUUUAUACACGCUCAGAGAAAGGCACUAUUCAGGUUUUCGACCUGGGACCAGAUGGAGACCAGACAAGUCGCGUAAUUUCUGUUCCAAUUGCAACGACUGCAUCAAUGGCUGCGUCUGCAGCGAGCACCGUCGAUGCUUCAAACUUUAAGCCAAUAGUGCACAUUGAGCCUAUUCAACUGCGAGAGUCGUUGCAAGUGCACCUUGUUGCUGUGACACACACAGGCGUGCGGCUCUACUUCUGCACCAGUUCCGCCCAGACACCCGAAGCACGCCCAUCCACGCUCUGCCUCCUUCACGUGCGGCUGCCCCCGGGAUUUUCAACUCACGCCCCACCACAACGGGUGAGCAGCGUGCACGCCGCACUGUGCCGUCGUGGCACAACCCUUCUGGUUGCGCGUCACAGUGAAGACCGCGACAUUCUUUGGGUGCUGAGCAGCGACGCCUUUCCGUUUCGACCGCGCCUCAUGGAGACUCACGCAAUGGUGGCCCUCGACGGCAGGGCCUGGUGUCUAACUGAAGUGGGAGGGGAUGCAGCCCCGAUCACUCUGUGUACAAUCACGACAGGAGCUGGAGUCUUGGUGCCGUCAGAGCCACCGGCAGUCGUCGUGCAGCACAUGGAAAGGCCGAGGAAGUUUGUUCUAAUCUCUGCAAGCGGAUGCCACAUAGUCGAAAAGCCGAGGCCGGUUGACCAGUUGCGACGCCUUCUAUUCGACUGUGGUGGUCCAAAGAGUGAUUUAGUGCGAGCAUUCUUCCAAUUUCACGGUGAAGCACAGGCAUGUGCCAGUUGCCUCAUCCUGGCCUGCAGUCCUUCACUCACCGAAGGAAAGAUAAAGGAGUGGGCAAUACAGGCAAUCUGCCUUUACGGAGGGGAGCCCAAGCGUGCUUUUCCCGCUGUUCCCACCACAACGCAACUGGGUGCAACAGCAGCUGCCCCGUUCAAUCCUCAGGGUGCCUCAAUCUUUGCCAGCACACCGAUGCACGGACAGGGCGCCCCCUUGCGGCAACUGGAUCCCGUCACUCCCUUCAGUCCAAUUACGUCCCCCCACAGUUACGUUACACAGGUGACGUCUCCUCCUUGGAAGACACAAGGGCAGCAGGCGCCACUGAUGGCUCAGCAGCUUUCUACUCCGGCCGGUCCCACGGCAACAGAGACCGUGUUUUCUGGCCGUCACGACGGCUGCUACCUGUACUUUUCUCGUCUCGUCCGCCCGCUCUGGACGCUAAACCUGGUCACCAAUUUGCCGAACCGCCGGAACACGACCCAGGCAGACGUCUUAGUCAGCGGAGUGUCCGCUGAAGACCUGGGGGAGUAUAUAAGCAGUUUGAUGGCGUUCAAGAAGUUUUUGGAAGAGAAUCUGAGCUUGCUCUGUUCCCCACACGGAGACGGAGGAAUGUCCACAGCUAGCCGUAAUGUGGCGCAAGAAGCUCAGCUCCAAGAGCAGCUCCGCAAACGAGCAAACGCGGAGGCUGUGGCUCACGAGCGUACAUCACUGCUGCAGCUCCAGCAGCUCGUGAGCCACACUUGCGAGGUGUUAGGCCUGUGGCGUGUGCUGUGCGACCAUCAGUUCCGUACGGUAGCAUCGUGUCUGGCACCCGAUGCCAGAGAACGUUUGCGCGCUGGCUUGACACUGAGGGACCUCCUCCUCGUGGAUCGUUCUCUAACGUCGGCCCUUGCAGGGUCGCUCGUCAAGAGCUACUUGGAAGACAACGCUGCAACUGAGGCCAUUGCAAGCCGUCUCAGGGAAGUGUGCCCCACAUUAUUCAGAAGCGAGGAUGCCACAUUUGCGCGCGCUCACGAGAUGCUGCUGGCGGCACGAUCGACAACCUCUCGUGAAGAACGAGACCGUCUGCUGUCUGAUGCGCUAAGCCUGUGCAAGCAGGUUGGGCCAAUGUUGCAGCUGCCAGCCGUGUGCAACCUGCUUCGGUCCUGCGGCCACCCUGCAGGUGUGGUCGAGCUCUGCCUCAGUGCAGCGAGCAGACUCGACCCGCAGGACGUGGCCCUCCAUUAUUACAGAAGGGGAGAGCCGAUGGAAGACGAACGAGGCCGCCGUGCCUUUGCGGCGAGAGAAGAGUGCUACAGGCUCAUCAGAGAGAUGUUGAGCGAAGCACGGGGUGCGCUCCAAACUGGACCGUGCGUCCCUAAAGACCCCGGCAGUCCGGCUCCAGCUCAACCGCCGAGUGACAAUGUUGUCCUCUACGACCGGCUGCUCAUGCUGGCUUUGCAGUCUACUGACGAACUAUUUCACGUCACCCUGUACGGAUGGCUAUGUGACACCCAACAGGCCGAUACCCUACUUGAGUUUCGUGGGCCUUUCCUGGAAGCUUUCUUGGAACGCCGUGCUUCGGUACAGUCUGCUCCCAUUUCAUCCGCAGACCUCUUGUGGAAGUACUACGAACGGACCGGAAACCGUUCAGCGGCUGCUCGCGUAUUAGCCAGACUGGCAGACAGGCACGGUAGUGACCUCACCCUCGCUCGUCGACUCGAGUAUCUGGCUCGUGCCGUAGUCUGUGUGACCAGCUCUGAGCUGCGGUCUGCUUCGGCUGCUCGUGAGGGUGACUUCCUGCAUCAACUCGAAGAAAAGAUGGAUGUUGCCAGAUUGCAGCUGCAGGUGCAGGAAGUGAUACUGCGCAGACGGGACUGGCCUGGCAUGGCCGACGUGGCAGCGACGCUCGAUACUGAACUCUUGGACGUGACGCGGCUGUACGCAGAUUACGCAGAUUUGUACGAUUUAGCCGAGUGCAAGUUGGCCAUCGUACGUGCGGCCGGUUACGACGACCCCAUUCUAAUAGAAACUCUGUGGCAGGGCAUUGUGGAUAGAGAAAUGCGGGAAAACGCCAGUCAUUCUGCGAGACGUACAGCCUUGGUCCAGCGGCUGCAGACUCUAGUUCGGGAGUACGCGACAUCUGAGAAGUUCCUCCCCUUGCAAUUUUUAGUGGGGCUGCUCGAGCAGAAGGGCUGCCAACUCGAAAUGGAACCAGGCUGGCCUGUCGAGUUGUUCACGCAAGCCGGUGUUGGCUUAGGGCAACUCCGAGAUGCGUACCACAACACCUACAAGGCAAAAGAUCCGAUCUGGGCAGGGAGGAACCUUCACCUGCUGCAGGCGAUAGCCGAGCUACUGGAGGCCCUCGUCAAGAACCCGUCGGCAGCGGGAGGAAGCCCUAGCGAGAGGCGGCGGCUUACCAAUCGGUGUUUAGAUGAUGUCACCGGGUAUUUGAUUGACCUCGAAUCAAUUGGGGGCGGAGAUACAAGUGUUGCGGCGCUUGUGGACAGGUUUAAGGUGCUCCGCGCCCAGUUGGAACGUUUGCUUGCGUCCUAAGUCUUCGAAAGCGCGCCAUAUUCAUCGUCUGAGACAUACUGUGUGAGCUGUCCUUUUCACACAAAAAACGGUUCAAUUUUACGUUUAAAUUGUGCCAAGUGUCCUUGUGUUAAAGCUGAAAUAGAUAGUGGUGAAAGUGGAAUAAAUUUUUGAUGAGCUUUUAAGUUUUGGA